AUGAAAGAAGGAUAUUACGAAGAAGACAGCGAUUUUAUGCCGUAUUAUUUGCUUCAGAAGGAGCUAAAGCAGAAGGUAAUAAGCUAUAACGAUAUCAAGGGUGAGGUGCGAUAUAUUGCCGGAGCAGAUGUGGCUUACAACGAUGCCACUAAAAAAAUGGUAGGCGCUUUGGUCGUUUUAGAUGCUAAUACGCUGCAAGUGGUUGAGCAACAGGUGCAUGAAAUGGAGGUAACUUUUCCUUAUGUACCUGGCUUAUUUUCUUUCCGAGAGGUACCGCCAUUGGUAGAGGCUUUUAAGAAGCUGCAAACGAAACCAGACCUAAUCAUCUGUGAUGCACAUGGUAUGGCACACCCAAAUGGUAUGGGUAUGGCUACCCACUUGGGCUUAGAGUUGGAUAUUCCUACAAUAGGUUGUGCCAAAUCGUGGUUGGUGGGUAUCUACGACAAAUCGCUGCUAGGCUUGGAGCGAGGUGCCACUCAACCCAUGAUGUGGGAUAGCAAAAUCGUUGGCGUAGCACUCAGGACGCAAGAUAAUGUGAAGCCUUUGUUUGUGAGUGUUGGACAUCGAGUUGAUUUGCAAACUGCCAUAGAUUGGGUCCUGAAAAUGAGCCCAAGCUAUCGUCAGCCCGAAACUACUCGUCAAGCUGACCAUUUGGUGAAUAGUGUGAUGAAGGAAAGGAUGGAAAUUGAUUUUAUGGGUGAUGAAGCGGUGGAAGAGCCAAUUUAG